AUGAGACCUCACACGACAUAUUCGGCCAUGCUCGCACCCUUCAUACUACUGGCCUCGGCGCCGUUGAGCGUCUUGGCUGGCGAUGUGCUCAAGACGAACGGUUACAGCUCCUGCCUUAAUGGAGUUUCAGACAUCAAAGUGAACAAGCUGGACAUCGAGUUUGAUCGCUCGACGAAGAAGGUGAAAUUCGAUGUAUCAGGUACCAACGAGAAGGAGCAGAAGGUCAGGGCUAUCCUCAGGGUGAACGCCUAUGGCCGAGAGGUGUACAAGAACGAAUUCGAUCCCUGCGAUGGGCCUACCAAGGUCGAGCAGCUAUGUCCAGUGCCUUCUGGUACUUUUGGUGCAAGCGGCGAACAAAGCAUUCCCGAGCAGUACAUCUCCCAGAUCCCCGGUAUCGCAUUCAACAUACCCGACAUCGACAGCCAGGCCACGAUGCAGCUCAAGGCAAUAGACGGAGGCCAGGAUCUUGCGUGUAUCACAUCACAGGUCAGCAACGGAAAAUCCCUAUCUACCACAGGAGUGCAGUAUAUUGCUGCUGGUAUCGCCGGUGCUGCUCUGGCUGUCUCUGCCUUGUCUGCGCUUGCUGGCGCUGGCCAGGCUGGUGCGCCGACUUCGAGCCCUACCUUUUCCGAUGUCAUCGGAUGGUUCCAGGGCAUGGCUUUGAAUGGAAUGAUGAGCGCGGAUGUCCCAGGUGUCUACCGAAGCUGGUCCAAGAACUUUGCUUUCAGCACCGGCAUAAUCUACUGGGAAGGCAUGCAGACCUCCAUCGAUUCGUUCCGCUCCAAGACUGGUGGCAACCUUACCGCAAACAACGUCGACUACCUCAACAACGCUACACUCGUACACGUCGAUCAGAACGUGACCCUGACCAAACGCGCUUUCGAUAGCGUCCUACUGUGGUCUCGCGAUGAGUUGAAAACCAACCUCAACGGUACCAACGAAGGCGAAAGUGACAACAAGGUUGUUCACGCAGUGAAGGGAAUCCAAGGCUUUGUCGAAGAAUACAAGAUCCCGGACGGCAACGCCUUCAUGACAGUCCUACUUAUCUUCGCCAUUGUCAUCGCCGCCAUUACUGUCGGAAUCCUGCUGUUCAAGGUCAUUCUGGAAACCUGGGCACUGUUUGGCAGCUUCCCCAAGCGUCUAACAGGCUUCCGCAAGCGAUACUGGUGGACUCUCGCAAAGACCCUCACCAACUUGAUUCUCCUACUUUAUGGUAUCUGGGUUCUCUACUGCAUUUACCAGUUCAAGAAUGGAGACUCCUGGGCUGCAAAGACGCUCGCUGGUGUCACUUUGGUCGCAUUCACAUCCGUCCUAGCCUUCUUUACGUGGAAGAUCUGGAGCAUUGCCAACAAGUUCAAGAAGCUGGAGGGAAGUCCUGCCGGACUCUAUGAUGACAAGGAAGUCUGGCGCAAGUACAGCAUGUUCUACGAAAACUACAAGAAGAGCUACUGGUGGCUUUUCAUUCCACUGAUCGUGUACAUGUUCGCUCGUGGUUGCGUCAUUGCAGGAGCAAACGGACAUGGCCUUGCCCAGGCUGCCGGUCAACUCAUCGUGGAAUCACUCCUCCUCAUUACCCUCCUUUGGGCUCGACCAUACUCGCUCAAGUCAUCCAACUGGAUUAAUAUCGUCAUUCAAGUCGUCCGUGUGUUGUCAGUUGUCUGCAUCUUGGUUUUCGUUGAGGAAUUGGGCAUGACCCAGACGACUAAGACUGUCACCGGCCUUGUGCUUGUCGUCGUACAAGCCUCCUUGACGGGUGUUUUGGCUGUUCUCAUUGCUGUCAACGCCAUCAUCAUCUGCUGCAAGGAGAACCCGCAUCGCAAGAAGAGAAAGGAGGCUGAGAAGGCCCGCAACCUAGACAACCUUACUCCCCUGGACGCACGCAACUCACUCCUCAUGGAUCCGCAAGAGUACAAGCGCACCUCUCUUCCUUCGCCAUUCGGCCCCCGCGCCGGCGGCUACGAUCGCGUUCCUCUCGCAGAGCAAAACACUGCCUACGGCGGUCCUGGUGGUCGCCAGUUCUCUGAUGACCGGGGCCAUCUACUCGCUGAUGCUUCCACAUUUGGCAGAGUAGCGACGCACGACCGAAGCCUAAGCCGUGAAAGCAGCCCAGCUCGCGACGCCCAGCUCGGCCAUCAGCAGUCAGGAUACGUCUCCAGUGCCCCGUGGCAACCACAACUGCCACGAGGGAACCAAGGAGGAUUCGCGCACUAG